UUUCAACCACCCGUGAUAGGUACCACGUGAUAUCUCUGCAUAUAAAUACGCCAUCAUCUUCCAGACCAGCAAUUGAGUCAAGAUGGAGAAAGUUGCGAGUUGCGCCGCUUUUCUGCUGAUCUUAAUGUUUGUGCAGGAAUCGAGCUGUUUUCCACGCUCAAUUUCUAAAGCAUCCUUCAAGCCUUUGGAAGCAAAGCUUCAGAGAAAUACUGCAUUCAAACGACAGGGCCCCCCUCCCCCGCCGCCACCUAAGCCUGUAUGGGAAAUCAUAGGAAAAACAAGAGAAGACUUCAUUAAUGAGCAUAAAGAUGAACUUACAUCCGAAGUAAGGGCCACUAUUACAGCAGAAAUGGAGGGUAUAGUGGAAAACAUAACGAGGGGCAUGGAAGAAUUCGCUAGGACCUUGUCCUGCAUGGUGAUAACAAUGGCACAGGGGACGCGCUCGGUGGAUGCUGGCGAAAGUUUAACUGACAUUAAAAAUGACAUCGUAUCAGAGGAAGAGGCUGAGGAGAGAGAAUUAGAUGACUUGUUUACUUACCUUGGACUGGAAGACGACACGAAAAUCUGUAAGUUAUGA